AUGUUGUCCAUAGCGUGUAGGGUAAAGGUGUUCGUAGCGACCCACACAAAUGGCAGCACGGCUUCUGCGUUCCCCUCGGCUGGGGUGAAUGAAGUCUCCGUCAGCUUUGCUGCUACUGCUAGUGGUGGUGGUGGUGGUGCGGCAACUGCCGACACUGUUGGCCAGCCUUGUUGUAAUGCCGAUGUGGGUGGUAUAAAUAGCCAGGCGCAAUCAUCUGCCCACGAGGGAGGUGCCCGUACCCCGAGUAGUGUUCUUAGUGGUGCUAAUGCACACAACUCACACGACGGCACAGACGAGAACUUCUUUGACAGUGAUAACGAAGAUGAAGCUGACGAUGACAAGAACGACCCGCUUGUGCGUUUCCUGGCGUUGCCGCUGACUCUGCGGGUCAUGAUGGGUGUGAACUGGCUCUCCGUGAUCUCCAACUGCCUCACGUACUACCUGCGUCCCUCUCAGGUUCUCUAUGCCUUCCUCCUGUGUAGCUGCGACAUGAUGCUGUAUGUGGUGGACGACCAAUUGGGAAGCAGGCGUGUCCACCACAAGGCGUCGACGCUGCGCGGUGUGAAUGGGAUUACGACGGUCUGCGUAAGUGCGGAUUCGCCAGUUUUCCGCGUCGAGGAGGAGAACGCGAGGCCUUCUGCAGCAGCACACGGGUCCGCGGAUGGUCCACGUGGACCAAGACGAGGAUGCGAUGUCACGCUGGCUGGGGAAAGCGACAGCGUUGAGAGUGAUGGUAGAGUUCUGUCGUCGGUGCGGGGCUGCGCCAAAGCUGAGCCAAAUUGGCGACGUCUGGAAGGGUGCAUUAGCAAGAGAUCUAAAUAUCUCUUUUGGAAUCAUUCCCGAGUAUUUAGUCAGCGAGGUGCCGUCCUCGUUAUGCUUAACAUUGCACUCGUGUUUGCCCUCGUCCUCUUCCACCUGAACCAUCUCUUCUUUCUCGCUGGGACUAUCAUUGGAUACCUGGCUUGCUGCGGGACACUUUUUGUGCUUGGUUGCAGUAUUGGUGUUCUGCUGCUGUUGUUUGGGUGGGUGCGUUCACGCGGUGCAGCCGGGUCUCCACUGCUCAAAGCGAACAGUGUGUGUAGUUUGGAUCCGGCCUCACUGCCGCCGUCAGGGGUUCUGCCGAACCGUUGGUUGAGGGUGUGCUACGUGCUGCAGCAGAUCUUUUCUCUUGCCUGUUCCGUGCUCUACUUCAGCAUGCUGCUGGAGGAAGGGGAGGAACUUUACAGCUCCCACAUGGAGUUUAUGCGUUGGUAUGUGAACACAGUAGGCCAAGGUCUGGUGGAUACCGUGCGGCUGUUUAUUUUCUGGCAUUUGGUGCGACUCUGCAGCCGCCGCGAGGGGAAGAUAUGGCACCACCAGAUCUACGGCGUCGGGGAGAGUCUCCUCUGA